UGAUAAACUCUUUAGUCAUGACCAAUGAUCUGGCUGACUUCCUCAUGAGUGGACUUCUGUCAUAGAUUGUGAUCCAACUCUAGUGAACUCUGACCACCGCAGUCUACUACACUACUGUGAAAAACCAUCGGGCUGAAAGUUUGACAUUCUUUGCUACAUAACAUGAUCUGUUGACAUGAGGGAUUUUGGAUGAAUGAGGAAAAAGGCGCGACAACAUUUGCCGAAGAUGACACAGAACAUGUUCCAGGAGGGUUUGUACCACGUGUUUUUUAAGGAGACACCCUCCCCCCCCGCCCCAUUGAACCAGGUCACCAGAGAUGGGGAGCUAAUCAAUGGCAGGAUUCAUCGCUGGUUUGGGACUGUGGUCAACACCAGACUUUUAGUCACAGGAGUGGUGCAGAUCCUCAGUGCAUUAGCUUGCAUACUCGCCACAAUCACCCAUGCUUGUGUGAGCUACAACUGCGCCGUAUCCAUGACAACACCAGUGUGGUCGAGCUUAUUUUAUGUGGCGGCUGGGAGUCUGGCAAUGGAGGUUCAGAGGAAAGCCAAUAAAUUAAAGAUCAUCGCUCUGAUGGGUCUGAACCUCUUUGGUCUGCUGUUUGGCUUCUCUGCCAUCCUGACCAACAGCCUCCGGUCUACACAGGCAGUCACACUCAAAACGAGCCAACAGCGCGUUGGUUCAUACGUUGCAAGGGGCAGCUCCAUAGCGUUCACCGUCCAGUGUUGUCUGGCGUCGCUCUACGUCCUGUUCCUGUCGUUGAGAGGCCUGCGGCGCUACAGUCCUCCGCAGUUUCAGGCCUACAGCCGCCUCACACAGGAACCAGAUGAAACCAACGGGGCUCUGCUGGAACAAGUGGAAUUCAAUCAGUGAAACUCAGAA